AUGGCAGGUUUACAUAAUUCUAAUCCUAACCCUGUGGGGAGUACCAUGCCUUCCCCAGCAGCCUCUGUUGUGGGAAAUAGAACCAGAGACAUUGGCCUGCAAAAUCUGACAAAUGUAACCAUGAUGUCCGUUCGACAACAGAUGGACGAAAGUAACCAUGAAAUGGUUAAUACCUUAACUUCACAAUUAGGGACUAUCCUAAAUCCUUUAAUUAAUAACACAAAUAACAACUAUCAGUUGUUAGCCCAUCAGAUGGGGCGAAUCGCAGAUUUCUUUGGCACACCUGCAAUGCCUAACCAAAACCUUCAACCCAUUCGAAAUCAAGCGCACGUUCAAAAUCAGGGUUUCCCCAAUGAGGAUGAAGUUCCUAAUAAUCGAGCGCCACAAGUGGUGCAAGAGGAACCACCGGUCCAAGUGGUGAACCAAGUUCAAGAUCCUGGGAUAGUUUUGGUUAAUAGAAAUCAGAACGCUGACGAAGUAGUUAGAAAUGUGCAAAGAAACAAUUUUGCACAACAAUAUAAUUUGGCAAAUCUAGUCGAAACGAUAUUGACCCAAAAUGGUUUCAAUGUUGGCUUGCACAGGCCCAAUUUCGUUUCCCCUUUGUCUGAGUAUGUGCUGCAGACUGAAUUGCCAAGGGGAUGGAAAAUUCCCAAAUUCACAAAGUUUGCUGGGGAUACAACUGAAUCAACGGUGGAGCAUGUGGCAAGAUUUUUUGCUGAAGCAGGAAACUUGGCAGAAAAUGAAAAUUUAAGAUUGAAAUAUUUCCCAAAUUCCCUUACAAAGAAUGCUUUCACUUGGUUCACAACACUUCCCCCUCGUUCGAUUCAUCAUUGGGCUCAAUUGGAAAGGGUUUUCCAUGAACAAUUCUACAUGGGCCAAUCUAAGAUUAGUCUGAAGGAAUUGGCCAGUGUUAGGAGAAAAACGCCAGAGUCCAUAGAUGAUUACUUGAAUAGAUUCAGGUUACUCAAGGCUAGAUGCUUUACCCAAGUGCCUGAACAUGAGUUAGUCGAAAUGGCUGCUGGAGGCCUAGAUUAUUCGAUUCGAAAGAAAUUAGAUACACAACAUCUAAGAGACAUGGAACAGUUAGCAGAUAGAGUGAGACAGGUCGAACGCCUUAAGGCUGAAAAGGCUAGAUCAUCAAAGUUUCAAAAGAGGGAAAAAAUUGCUUAUGUCGAAACAUUAGAUGAUGAUGAGGAAUAUGUGAUAAAUUACGAAGACAUAGAGGAUAAUGAAAUCAAUGUGGCCGAACUAAAGCCUGGCCCUCCUUAUGUCUGUAAAUUAUUAAAACCUUCGAAUGAGAAAAAUCCUGUCGAACCAAAAAAUGAUAAAUUUGUUGCUAAGACAUAUUCAUUUGACAUAACUAAAUGUGAUGAAAUAUUUGAUUUAUUGGUUACUGAUGGCCAAAUUGUUGUUCCAAAGGGACUAAAAGUGCCUCCCCUUGAGCAACAAAAGAAAAGAGGUUUUUGUAAAUUUCAUAAUUUUUUGGGUUAUAAAACCUCACAAUGUGUUCUUUUCAGGGAUCUGGUUCAGAAAGCUUUGAAAGAUGGAAGGCUGAAGUUUGGAGAGAAGUCCAAACAACAGAUGAAAAUUGAUGAAGAUCCAUUACAGAUAUCAGAUGCUUCCUAUGUGGAACCGGUCGAAUGCUUAAUGAUCGAUGCCAUGGACCUGUCAGGAGGCGCACAGUUAGUUUCUAUUCCAGAAGAUGAAUAA